UGUUUUACCAUAUGAAUAUUGUAGUUUAGAUAGAAUUUUAGUGAAUGGCAGUAUUAUCAAAUGUUAUGCAAUUUGUAGGUUAAAAUAAACAUUAGAUUUAUGAAUUAAAAAGACUUGUAUAAUAUUAAAUUAAUAUGAAUUUAAAAUAACACUGAGAAGUGUGUGUUAUUUGUUAAUUACUUUAAUUCCUAAUCGGAAUAUAUAUGAGUUUGUGCGACGAUAUAUAUCUUACUAUCUGCAAUAAUGUUAUCAUUAUUUAUAAAAAACAAUUCAAUAACUAAAUUAUUGGUAAAUUCAUUAAAAUCAUCUCUUAUACUUUCACAAAAACGUACAGUAUAUAAACCAAGUUCAUUAUUACGUAGAAUAUUAGAAAAACAAAGGAUAAACAAUGAAACUAAAUUCUCUUUGAUAAGAUGUAAACAAACACAUUCAUUAGAUAUAAAGCCUAUUUUAGUUAAUAACGUCAUUUUGUAUAAAAAAAAAUAUUUUAAACACGUAUUCAUUCACUUAUUUGGUUUAUGCAACACUGCUGCUUGGUUAUUCUUAAUUUGUUAUUGCUGCAGAGAUAUAUAUCGGUCUUUUAUGACUGUACCAUUUAACAAAUUUUUAGGAAACAAUUAUCCUAUUAUUUGUAUGUUUAUGGCUACAACGCUCGUAGGACCAUUGUUUUAUGUGUUCGCAUGGUUUCUUAACGCGCGUUUAAUCAAAUGCAUUAUCUUACAUAAAGGAGGCAAUCAUAUUAGCUUUGUAACUAAUCAUCUAUGGAAAAGCAGAAACACUAUAACUACUCCUAUCGAAAAGGUAUAUAGCUUACAUUCUAGAACUGAAAAAGCAGGAGUAUAUACGCCUAUCAAAAUAGAAUCUUAUAGAAUGCAUUUCUUAAUCGAUAAAAAUGGCAACUAUGUAAAUAAGGAUUUAUUUGAUUACGCGGUUAUGUUUAAACAAAAUGUGAAAGUAACAUAAUAAUACAAUUUUUGAUUCAAAUUAUAACAACGAUCCAUUAAUCAGUAACCUUUUAUUUAGUAGUUAUAUUUCUAUUAAUAUAUCUUAAGAAGUACAAAUACAAAAUAAAUAAAAUCUUUUCAAAU